AUGGCGGAGGAUAAACAUAUACCAGUCUCCUCCCCAUGGGCGAGAUCACUCUACUCCGGCGCCGUGGCCGGCUUCACCGUUGACCUCUCGCUCUACCCGCUCGACACGAUCAAAACCCGCCUCCAAAAGGCGCGCCAGGGCAGCAGCGUAUCCUCCGUUGCCAAAGAUGCGCCUCAGACCAGACAGGCGCAGGUCCAAGCACAGGCCGCUCGCCCUGCCUUCCGGCACAUCAUCCGCGGCAUCUAUGCCGGUCUGCCAUCGGUUCUCUUCGGAUCUGCCCCCUCCGCGGCAUUCUUCUUCAUCACCUACGACGGCAUAAAGCGGCAGCUCCUCCCGGCUUCAUUGGAGAAUACGGCUUCCAAGACGCAGACGUUCAUUGCGCACUCCACCGCGUCGACGUUAGGUGAGAUUGCCGCGUGCAUUAUCCGCGUGCCGACUGAGGUGAUUAAGCAGCGCGCACAGGCCGGGUUGUUUGGGGGCUCGUCGCUGCGCGCGCUGACGGAUAUUCUGUCCCUGAGACAUGGCCAUGGUGGCGGCGGCGGCGGACAAGGAGGCGGGAAGUUUCAGAUGAUUCGUGAACUGUACCGGGGUACGGGCAUCACGAUUGCGCGCGAAAUCCCGUUUACGAUUCUGCAGUUCACCAUGUGGGAGGCUAUGAAGAAUCGGUAUGCGCGAUGGGUUUCAUCUUCUUCUUCUUCUGAUGGUGAUGAGGAGGAUGACAGCAGUCAUACGCUUUCAGGACAAAUAGCGGCUGGGCCAAGCGCGGUGUUUGGGAGCAUUGCUGGCGGCAUUGCGGCUGCGUUGACGACGCCGCUGGACGUGACCAAGACGAGGGUUAUGCUUGCGAGGCGCGAGGAUGGAAGCAAUAUUCGAGUGUCGGAUGUCGUGCGGCGCAUCUGGAGGGAGGAAGGGGCUGGUGUUUUCUGGCGAGGCGUUGGUCCUCGCACCACUGCUAUUGCGCUCGGCGGUGCCAUCUUCCUGGGGAGUUACCAGUGGACUUCGAAUAUGCUGGAGGGCGGCUAUAGAAGACGCGCUUCUGAUGCAGAGUAG